GGUUGCCAACUUUGAUAAAUAUUACAUAAUUAAUAUGGACGAUAAUGACUCAUUCCAGAAUGGACAAGAGAGUAAAGAAGUUGAUAAUAUCGGAGAAUCUCCAUACGCUCGCUCAACUGGUAAUUGUAACAAUUUUCACCGAAAUAAUAACCACGAAGUUAUGAAAAGCAAUAAUUUCUCAGAAAGCUCUCAUAAUAAAUAAAUGAUACACAGAGCAGAGAGAGGAGGGUGCUGAAAAUGAGCAUGUUUCUACCAGUAUGAAAUUAGACAAACUAUUCCAUGAUGCAGAAAAACAAGAGAGAUUUCAUAUCACACAGACUUUUGACUACCGGAAGAGUACCCCAGAAAAAUAUGACCAUCAGAAGAACUCAACAACUCAAGAAGGAUUGUUUAAAAAUUCCCAGAAAUUAAAUGAUAGAAGCCCACUUAAAUAAAAUCUCUCAAGCAAGUUCUAUAGUUCAGCUUUCUUCAGUAAAGGUUGACUUCAGUGAAGAAGGAGAACUCCAGAGUUCUUCUGGCGGAAACGCACCUUCUAUCGGUGGGAAUCAGAGCCAAAACUUCAAUAGUUGCUCUCAAAAUGAGUACAAAAGCCAAACCUCGGUUCAGAAGCCCUUCCAUACACCCAAGAAAUCUGGAGGAAAUAAUCAUUACGCAGAGGAUCUUAAUGCAUCAAAUAUGAGGCAGAGUCAGGACUUCCAUAAUAGUGAAUUAUCCGAACAUUCAAAAGUUGGGGAAAGAUAUAACCGUAAGCUAAGCUUGAUCCCUGAAGAGUCAAAGAAGGCAGAAGAACCUUCUAUCAGUCCUCAAAAUAGAGAAGAAAAUGUUAUAGAUGAUUUCUUACUUCAACUAAACUCAGUGCUGAACAAUAAUGAAGAAGUUAAAGAAGAACAGAAUGAGGAAUUGAAAGUUUCUAAUUCAAUACCUCAGCAACAACGUACUGUUGUAACAAAGAAUUUAUUGGAUCUCAACUCUUCUCGAGAACACUCUUCUUUUCAUGAGAGUCUUGAUCCCUCAUCAACUUCCCGGAAUAGCCAGCUUGUUCCGUGAAAUCUCAAUUUAGAACAAAAAGAAGGAUGGUUACUGAAAAGAUCCCAUAAAAAUCCAAAAUCAGUCGGCUGGCAGAGUCGGUACUGUGUCAUCAAACACCAAAAAUUUAUGUAUUACAAGUCUGAAUCCAAAUAAAGAGCUUGAUGGGGUUAUUGACUUCAAUUUAUGAUCCUGCAAAAUCACUGUUCCAAAGGAGUACACUUCAGGAGAGCUAAUCGGAACAUCAUUCAAAAUAGAUGUGCUUGCUGCAAGCAGAUAUUUUGAGUUCUUAAUCUGAGACGAGACUAAAGCAGAGUGCCUAGAUUGGCUGAAGGUGCUUCAAAAGCACCAAGAGACUAGUAAAGGGGUUAAAGAAAACUUGACAAAUGUGUCAAUUCAACCUAGUUUUUGGAAAAUGCUACGGUGAUCAGAAGAUGACUUUAUCAAAAAUUCUAAAACGGGCGAUAUUCUUCUUUUUAAAUCCAAAUCAUGAAUUGCAUGGACUCAAAGACUUUUUAGUAGGAGUGAGUAUGACCAUGUCGCCUUGCUCUUCAAGUUUGGAGAGAAACUUGUCAUUUUUGAAAGCACAAGCCAGCUUGGAGUUGAUCUCCUUGAUUGGAAUGCUUUCAUGAACAACAAAUGGCAUAAAUUGUACUCCAAAAUGGUAUAUAGACGACUCAAUUACAGAGUCUCAGAAGACGAUAUUGAGCAGCUUGAAGACUUUGCCCAACAAGUGAGGGGGAAGAAAUACAAAAUGAACCUAGUAAAAAUCUGAAGACAAAAAUCUGAUAGAGAUGCCUCAGAGAACAUAAAAGAAACAAAGUCUUAUUUUUGCUCCGAACUCAUAGCCAGUGCAUAUAAAAGAAUAGGCCUACUACCUCCAGAUAUUUCUGCCACUCAAUAUUGGCCUGGAGCUUUUUCGGUAAAUUCAGACACAGAGUAUCUGAAAGAUGCCACAUUAGGAGAUGAAUACUUAAUCGAUUUCAGCUUAUAA